CUCUCUCUCUCUCUCUCUUCCAGAGUAAAAGGCAUCCGAAAGAAGUCAGCUGUAAAAGUCGACAAUCAUUCAUGGGGUGCUUUCCAAAGUGCUUCUCUACUUGUAAGCGCCGAAAGCUCAAAAGUUCAGUCACUGUAACUCCCUUUAAGCACCAUAGCAUUGAAGUUGCUGAAGAAGCUCUUCAAAUCCAACCUGCUGAAGCUGAACCCACAAAGCUAGAAGAGCUUAUAAAAGCCAUUAAACACAGCAAAGAAUCAGAAGAGAAGAGUGAAGAACAAUCAAAGAAUGGUGAUAUAAAGACAGUCACAUUUGAUUUGAAUGUCGCGGCAAAUGAUGAAGAAACACCCACCAAGGAAGAACUCUCCAAUGUAUUGGUGGAAAUCUGUGAUGAGAAGGAGAAUGAAGAGGAGACGAGAAAGGGGAUCGAACCGAAUUCGAUUGUAUCAAGUGUGGUAUCACCAUCAUCUCAUCCGUUGAAUCAUCGUUACGAAAAGUGCGAAAACAGUGAGGAUGAAGAUGAUGAUUGUGCUAACGCUGAUGAGUUUGAGAGUAGUAAGCAAAUCUUUGUUGAAGAAGAGUCUUCCGAGUCCUUGUUUUCGUUAUCGAUUGAUUCUCGAAGACAUGAAGUUUGUGAUGAUUCUGGAACAGAAGAGAAGGAGGUAAACAGUCCAAUGCCAAAGCAGCAAAAUGGAAGAAGAGAUUACGGGAGGCAGAGUUUUCAGGGAGUGUUGACCCCCGUUGAAAAUCUUGGUCAAUGGAAGGAGGAGAUCAAAGAAAAGUCAACUCCAACAGAAGCUCCAAAGCAGCAGCACAAAGAGAAGGAGAACAUAAACAUGGAGGUGGAGGUGGAGGUGGAGGAGGAGCAAGAUUUGAAAUUACCCUUUAGUCCGGAGCCUGCUUUGAAGCAGUCGAAACUCGGCACAAGGCCGAGGACAGAGUCGUCUUCUUGCAUCGACACGAGCCCUUCGAGCUGGCUGGCUGAGUCUGAGACAACACCAAUGUCAAAUCCUAGUAGCAAUAAUUCCGUGGGGAACAUGUUUAAUGCACCCGGAAGCCGUGAAGAUAGGCCAAUCCUGGGAGCUUGGACAGCUGAGGAGCUUAAGCAGCUGUCGGCUUCUUCUACUCCGAAAAAGUCACGAAGCCCGAGUCCAGAGGAAAUGCCGAUCAUAGGAACUGUUGGGAGCUGCAGAGGAAUGGCCAAACCAGUAUGGGAAAACAGACAGGAUCAGAAAGUGUCAUGGAAGUCCACUCCAUUUGAGGCAAACUUGGGAAGAACUCUGGACAUGAAGUUUUGA